UGAAGAGACGGAUCCUGCCGAUUGGAUAUUGAUUCAACCCACGCUGUCCUUCGAAAAGUUGAUAGAUGCCUCUACUGUUGACUCACCGAAGUCAUAUGUAUCCUCAUUUGGACUUGCUAUGGACCAGCAGCACGAUUUAUUGAGUUCCUCGCCCAAUAGCCACACAGCUCACUACAACUCUGGCGAUACCAUGGCAACCUCCCUUUCUGGAAUGACCAUCAACGAUCAUCACCAUGGAAACCAAUUCCAUAAGGAGAAUGGAAUUGCGGUGGGGCUCGUGAGACCAGGGGACUGUCCAAUGAAAGUGCGUGGCUUAUAUUUCCCUAGUUUACAGCCUUCACUAGUGCACACUUUCUCCCCUUUUGCUCUUCCUGUAAUGCCACACACAAGGAGGAAACACUGCUCAGAGCAUCUGCCACCAAUAAAUGGCAGAUACUGCAAUGGCACAGCAGAGACUGGAGGAACAGCGCCUACAGCUCAGUCCAAGACCAAUGGUGAUGCUGAGAAGAGGGCUCCUAGUAGCAGUAGACCUCAUGCUGCCGGUACAAAGAUUCCUGCCAUGACUUCGGCUGCCAAAAAUGGAAAAGACUCUCCUAAGACCCCGGAGACCAGCGGGCACAGCAGCCCCGGCACUCUCAAAUCCCCUGCCAGCAAGGCUGCGGGUGGCAAGCCUCCAAUCACAGGAAAUGAAAUCAAGAAGGUCGCAGUGAUUCGCUCGACCCCUAAAUCUCCAAAGAACCGCUCACCCACAUCACUGUCGGCCGCUGCCCCCCUCCCUGAUCUGAAGAACAUACGAUCCAAAGUCGGCUCCACUGACAACUUGAGGCACCAGCCUGGAGGCGGCCAGGUACAAAUUCUUGAUCAGAAGGUGGAUUUCAGUAAUAUUCAGUCCAAGUGUGGCUCCAAAGGCAACCUCAGGCAUGUGCCAGGAGGUGGAAAUGUAAAAAUUCUCGAUCAGAAGGUGGACUUCAGUAAUGUCCAGUCAAAAUGUGGCUCCAAAGACAAUUUGAAGCAUGCACCGGGAGGUGGCAGUGUUCAAAUUCUCGAUCAGAAGUUGGACUUAAGUAGCGUGCAGUCUAGAUGUGGUUCCAAAGAUAAUAUCAAACAUUUACCUGGAGGUGGAAAAGUCCAAAUCCUCCACAAAAAGAUUGAUCUGACCAAUGUACAGUCAAAGUGCGGAUCGAAAGACAACAUCCGCCACAAACCAGGUGGAGGAAACAUUGAGAUCAGGUCUGAGAAGGUUGAAUUCAAGGCUCAGUCAAAGGUGGGAUCUAUGGAAAACAUCAAACACACACCUGGAGGAGGCAGCAGGAGGAUUGAGUCGCACAAACUGAUGUUCCGUGAGCAGGCCAAAGCGCGAACCGACCAUGGCGCAGAAAUCGUGUCUCUAGAGGAGUCGCCACAUGGCCUGAGCACCGUCUCCUCUUCUGGCAGCAUCAACAUGGCAGACCCACCGCAGCUUUCCACCCUCGCUGACCAGGUGUCUGCAUCGCUGGCCAAGCAGGGCUUGUGAUUGGACCAUACCGCCACCAAACCACGCCCCCCCAACCCCAUCCCUUCCGCAUACCUGAUGGUAUUCUAACCUCUCUCUGAAAGUCAUUUUGUGGCCCAGAAAACAAAGCCAAGUAACUUUUGGCAGUCACUGUUCGAUUUUGUAAUACUUAAGAUUUGUUAUAGGCCAAUGAAGCUGUUUGAACUGUGAAUUAUGUAUGAAUUUGCCUCAUCCUUCACUUUAAGGCAGUGCCCACGGUGGAAAUUUUUAAUUUGAACAAUUGGAAAUUUCCUCCGACCGCCCUCCCUUGACUGUAUUUAGUAGCACAAAAUUACGUUCAUGUAUUUGUAUGGCUUUGUUGACCAUUAUAUAUUUCCUUACGCAUGCCAUUUUUUGGUUACCACUGGAUUUAGGCCAGUUCAUACAGAACCCAUUUUCACUUUCAGAGAGGAUUGUUCUCAUUUUUAAAUCAGGCUAAAAUUAGAUUGAGAUUAUGAAUAAGUCGCUUAGCAGUGCUUAAAAUGAAAAUUAGAGCAUCGUAUCUUGACUUUGAGAAAGAAAGACACUUAAAGCCCCAGAGUUUGUGUUUGAAAUGAUUUGCAAGGCUUAUGUGAAGAAAGACAGGUGCGUAGCAGCUUUGUGUAGAAAGCUGAUUAGUUCUUUUCAAUCUCUCGUAUGUGCUGUCGAUCAGAGAUUAUACUUCACGUCUAAAAUGAGGAAACGUCUCUUACAGUAUUAUUCUGUGGAUGAAUAUGGGAUGUUUAUAAAAUGAAAACAAUUUUUUUGUGGGCAGUCUUAAAUGAUUGGUUUGAAUUCAUUGAAAACGCCUCUCUUUUGUUUGUUUGCUUGUUCUCUAACAGAACAUUUCAACUUCCAUUUAUAUUUUUUAACAUAAACAUAAAAUUGUAGCCGUGUGUUUUAACCAAGAUGGACAUGUCUGCUGUUUUGGACAGUUUGAUUGGUAACAUUUUACAACGAGGUUCAGGUUGUUGGCAUUAGGUGUCAUGAAAUAACAAUGAACUAUACUUUUACAGCAUUUAUAAAUCUCGAUAAAUGUUCAUUUCUGCAUAUACUAAUGCAUUUGAACAUUUAUUUACUAACAACGAACAA